UACAAAAAACCCUUUUCAUAUUCUAUGAUUCUCUCCCAAUUAUACACAAUAUUUUAGUUUUUUUUUUUUUUUUUUGAGAGAAAGAGAGAGAUCAGAGAGUUUUGUAAGGAAAAAAAAUGGGUUUGAAAGAUAUUGGAGCAAGUCUUCCUCCAGGGUUUAGGUUUUAUCCAAGUGAUGAAGAGUUGGUUUGUCACUAUUUGUAUAAAAAAAUUGGAAAUGAAGAAGCUUUGAAAGGCACUUUGGUGGAGAUUGAUCUGCAUACUUGUGAGCCUUGGCAACUUCCUGACGUAGCCAAGUUGAAUGGAAAUGAGUGGUACUUCUUCAGCUUUCGAGAUAGAAAAUACUCGACGGGUUUUCGAACCAAUCGAGCAACAACAGCUGGCUACUGGAAGGCAACAGGAAAAGAUAGAUUGGUGAUGGACCCAACAAGAAAAGAGAUUGUAGGAAUGAGAAAAACUUUGGUGUUUUAUAAAAACAGAGCUCCAAAUGGGAUCAAAACAGGAUGGAUCAUGCAUGAGUUUCGAAUUGAAACUCCACAUAUGCCCCCAAAGGAGGAUUGGGUUUUAUGCAGAGUUUUUCACAAGACCAAGCCAGAUCAGGACGCCACAGAAACAACAACAAAACACACCACCUCACAUUUUCCGCUUGAUGCAGUGAUGGAGGCACCGUCCUCCUACUACUCGCUGCCAAACAACGACAUCGAGUUUCUGCCUGGUGACAACUCGACCGGGCUGCUACCCUGGGACAUCAACUUGGAAGAAACAUCCUUUAAUAGUUCAUCCUAUGGAGUUGGUGAUUCAAAUUCACAAGAAAUGAAGUAUGACAUAAUUGACAACACCUUCCAGAAUAAUGCCUUCCCUUUUAACUAUUUUGUUGCUUGAGAGAAGAGAUUUUACAUAUAUAUCAAACGUGAGAUUUGAUUAUUUUGUUGUUGAAUUAUUACAGUGCAUGUAUGUGUAACUAAAAGGGUUUUGGUUAAGUACUGUUUUACUUUUUAGUGUCUAUGUAAUAAUGCUUUGUAUAAAGUGGUGUUUAAUAAUUAAUAUUAUC